GUAACAUUUGGCUAGUGCAGACUGACCGCUCCCGCUCCCAAACCCCCCUGCUUCCGAAACAGGACUGCCCCACCAUCUAUCGAUACGAUCUUCGCUUGGAAAUCCGCUGGACCAACCGCCUGGGACUUGAACACGCCGCCGUCAUUCCCCUGCAUACAGCUCGCCUCUGAAUAAUCGAUGAUAUAGAUCUUUUUAGUCGACCUUUAAUGCCCCUUUGAGCGGUCCAGCUUCCGACCAAAUCGCUGUAUACUGUAUACAUAUACAGUAUACGGGACGCAUCGGGCCGGAUCCCAUCAUCCAUGCCAGAAUCCACUUCAACAAUUAACAUACGACUGUAAGCAGGGCGCGCCUGAGGAUGGCGCUACUAGGUCUCUCGCUCAUCGUCGCAUCUGUCAUCCUAUUCUGCAUGCGGAGACCAGCCUGGCUUCCCUCUAUAUUCAGGGCAUCCCCGCCUGCCCGACUCGCGUCAUCGGCCGAGGAGACAAGACGGGAUGAAGGGAACACGGAGCAUGACCUUGCCGAUCGAGGGGAUGGAAUAGACGCCGAGACGGUCAGCUAUGGGUCCGAACGCCCUACCGAUGAAAUCCCACUGGCUAUCCAAAAGCCGACGGCUGACCAAACCGCGCUGCCGCCGACGCUGGUGCUUCAGCAAGAAGAGCCUGAAGUCGAUGCCAGCGACCACAACACUCUUGGCGACUCGCCAAGCGCAAAUUCAGCCUGCGACGGCCAGGCCACGCCCAAGGCCUCGGCAUCGGCAGUGACCAACGCCAAACCAGUCCCGGCGCUACAACUGGACCCAUUAUCAUCAUCAGAGCCGCCAAUAAUCCCUUCACUCAACCCUGUCCCCGCCCUCGCCGAACCCUCGCCUUCAGCUUCAACACUUAUGCCGCCCCCUCCACCACCACCUCCUCGCCGCCCACCAACCCUCCGUCCCACCCCCAACAACAACACCAACACCACCAACAACUUGCCCAUCCCCACCCGAGGACCGGGCUGUUCAACCCUCGCCCCGCCACCAAGCCACUCGUCGAAACCGACCAAGCCCAGCCGGCAGGUCGUCCUCUCACCAGGCCACUCGCCGCUAGACUGGGCGCGGCUUACGGCAUCUCCCGCCGCGGCCGAUUCGCUGCGGGGUUUGCCGGCGGGGACACCCUAUCUGCGGGUGACGCCGUCGAUGCUGAAGCGGCAGACGGGACGGAAAGGCAAGGACGCGUGGACCGUCCUUGGGGGCCGUGUCUACAAUAUCACGCCUUACCUCCCCUUCCAUCCGGGCGGCGAGCCUGAGCUGCUUCGUGGCGCGGGCAGGGAUGGGACGAGGCUUUUUGGUGAGGUGCAUCCGUGGGUUAAUUAUGAGGGGAUGCUGGCUGCGUGUUUGGUUGGGAUCUAUGUCAGUGAGGAGGAGGGAGGGGAGGGGGGUAAGGGGGAUAUGGAGGCUAUGGAUUAGCAUUGAGGUGGGAAGCUUCGUUCGCUGUGGGGAUGGUUUGGAUUGGGGAGAGCAUUGAAUUCGCUUGGGUGAAGGGAGAGCUGGGUGAGGUUCCAAGUGGCGCAUGCCUGUUCGACGUAUGUACGUUAGAAUUGUAGAGGCGAUACCCCCGUGGCGGAUUCCAAGGAUUGAUCUAGUGUCAUACAUACAGUUAUAUACUUGGUCGCAUCUCUGUUCAGCAUAGCAAAUUUCG